UUCUCUCUCUCACACACUCACUCAGCCCUCCCGGAUGAUUCUCUCCUGCUUUCAGUGUCUUCAUUUAAGAAACUGUAUGAUAUUGACAAUUUUUUAUGUGAGCUUCUGGAUAUCAUUGGAAAAUGGGUCUCUAUUAUUCUAAAAGAAAUUGAUGGUGAUCAGCUCAUCUUUUGUCUUCAUUUCAUCAUCCAGUCUGGAAGGAAUAAAAGAAAACCAACAUUUCCUCCAUUUAAUUUGUAUUUCUACUGCUGUACCUGAAGAUAAUGAGACUUUGUGCAAAUGUCUUUCAACUUUAACUUUCAUUUAACUUCAAAUCCAUUCAUCACCUUUGCUUCUUGAAUCCAAAUAACCCACACGGACCUGGGAACCACACUUGGAAUGGGACCUGGUCCCAUGGAACUGACCAGAACAGAGCACGCCUAACGGGUUAUUUACCAGGGGGUUACAUCCCUGGUGAUCCCAUAGAGAGGGAGAUGCCUUCCCUGAACCACAGAAACUAACACACACACAAACCUCAUCCCCGGAGGUCCCAGAGCGAUGCCUUCCCUCCACCACGGCGCCAUCUUCCUCGGAGUCUUUCUCAUCGCGACAGGCGGCUCCACGGCCUUUCUCACCUCCUCACAGAGCCGCCUGCAGGCGUUCUCUUUGUGCUGUGUGGUGCUGGGAGCCGUCAUGCUGAUCCUGGGGCUUCUCUGGGCCAUGAGUAACAAGCACCAGGUAGAGUACAGCCAGGGAGAGUACCCCAACUUCCCCCAAUACCCCCACCAGGGAGAACACCCCAACUAUCCCUACCCACACCCAGACCUCAACUACCCUGGCCGGUACGCCCAUCCUGACCUGGGACAUGUCCUCUUCAGCCCCCGUGGUCCUGUUGGACACUUCCCAGAGUCCCAGUCAGCCCUACUGCAGAGGACCGAGCACCAGCGGCGAGGUGUGUAUGGGGUUAAUGAUGUGGACUACCCCCCACUCAGCCCCCCUUCCCGCUACCCCCCCGGGCUGGGCCCCCACCUCCCUACGAGGUCGCCAUAA